CACUGUGCACAAGGCUCUGGAUGAGGCGAGUGUGGCAGGGCUGUCUGUCUGCCUGCCAGCCAGCCCUCUGCAGACUUCAGGAUUGGCUGCACAGCGGUCCUCAACAUCAACCGUAGUGCGUUGACGGUCGAUGGAAGAUUACAUCGGCCGCGGACAGCAUUUCGGUCUUACAGAGCUGUAUGUGGCUGCUGUUCGCAUUUUGCCUUUUUAUGAGGAAUGAACUAAGGUGCUUUUUCUACUGUCUACUGAAUAUACUGCUGAUUCUUCUAUGGACACAGAUUGAGGUGCGGCAUCCAGUGCAGAUAGAGUAAAACAGAGGAAAGCAGAAGAUGCCAGGACCACCUCCGCCACCACCACCUCCAGCAGCUCCCCCUCCUCCUACUUUUGCUCUUGCCAACACAGAAAAGCCGAAUCUAAGCCGUUCAGAGCAGCAUGGAAGGAGUGCUCUUUUGUCUGAUAUUGGUAAAGGAGCCAGACUAAAGAAAACUGUUACAAAUGACCGCAGUGCACCCGUGUUUGACAAACCCAAGGGAGGAGGAGGAGGUGGGGGAGGAGGAGGCGGGGGAGGAGGAGGAGGUGGUGGUGGUGGUGGGGCUCCUGCUGGUUUAGGAGGCCUGUUUGCGGGUGGGAUGCCAAAACUGAGAUCUGCAGCAAACAGAGACUCCAGUGACUCGGGACCCAGCCGAGGACCCAUUCUCCCACCUGGAGGCCGAUCCGGUGGCCCAAGCCCUUUUGGUGGUGGUGGCCCAAGCCCUUUUGGUGGUGGUGGAAGCCCUGGCGGCCCACCUAGACUUCCAGGAGCCCCUGCUGGUGGCCGUAGCAGUGCCCCUGAUCUUCCCAAGGGCCGCCCAGGUUUUCCAUCCAGGCAAGACUCUCCAGGAGGUGCUCCUCCUCCCGUACCCAACACACCUCGACCUGCUCAGUCCUUCCCGUCUCGUGGGGGGCCAUCUCCACCAUCACUCCCCACAGGACCAAGGCCGGGCCAUGGAUCUCCAUCUGGACCACCAAGCAUUCCAUCAGGGAGGCACGGCCCUCUUCCUCCGCCACCAGGAGGUUCCACACCAGGCCCUCGACCAAGCUUCUCCUCGCCUCCUCCUCCACCUUCAAAUAGCAGCAGACCUCCCUUACCGCCUGCUCCAGGAGGGAGGCCCCCACUUCCUGAUGAUCGACCGCCACCACCACCUGCCCCUGGAGGACACCGGCCAUCGAUGCCACGUGACAUGCCACCUCCUCCUCCUUCAGUCAACUCCAAACCUUCUCCGUCUGUUGCUUCUUCCUCACCUUCUCGUCCCACACCUGGUGGGGGUGCACCUCCUCUUCCGCCAGGACGUCCAGGGCCUCCUUCCUUACCUCCCACCCCAGGAGGAGGCGAUGACCCCUCACCUCGUCUACCCCAAAGAAACAGCUCGCUCAACAGCCAUAGUCCAGCACCACCACCUACCCGGUCAGGAGCUCUCCCUCCUCCACCAAAUGAGAGACCACCGGCUCUCGGAAGGAACCAGUCAUCAGUACGCUCGGGCCCUCUACCUCCUCCACCUCCUGCAGGUCGACCUAUGGGACGGCCAGGCCCAGAGCCCCCUCGUGGUGGACCUGGAGGCAGGCCUCCCCUUCCUCCUGACAGGCCGGGAACAGGAGGUGGGUUUCCUCCACCACCACCCAUGGGGAAUGGUUUCCAAAACCACAACCAGAUACAAGAUGAGUGGGAGGGUCGGUUCAGUUUUCACCCAGUGUCAGACCUUCCUCCACCUGAGCCCUAUGUGCAGUUCCAGAAGACCUACCCCAGUAAGCUUGGCAAAAGUGAAAGCAAAGGUUCUGGUAAAAAGGAAAGAGGAGCACCUCCUCUUCCACCUAUACCCAGGUGAAGAUAAGAUGGAAACCAGCGCAACACUUGGAACUACCCCCUUUGUUUGUCUACCUGCCCUAUUUGUCUUUUUUGUUGCGUUCAUUGUGCUUUGACCUGCAGCAUGUGGUUCAUGUAAGAACUGCAACAUGUAAGAUGGACCUGAAAUACAGUUGUCCAAAAAAAAGGACAAACUCAAAAUGUGGAGUUUACAUCAUGUGCCUCUGUAACAGCAGAAUGACACAUUAAAUGACCAAAGCAUGUUUAUAUCUUGGUACACUUUGUCUAGGUUUACAACCAUUCUGUUUUAUUUGGGCGUCCUGAGUCAUUGCUGCCUCAUAAGCAACAGUGGUUUCAUGACCCUUUAUGCACAUCGACUUUAUUCCAAUAACUUAUUUAGUCUUUGCUUACGAUGUUUGGAUUGCAUAAACUGCUUGCUAGAUAUCCCAGUCUUAUCAACCAACCAGUUACUUUUGCAAAGGAAUAGAACAGCAUACUUGACAAAUGUGGCAUGUAGCACAUGUGACUUUCUGGAACUAUUUACGGAUUAAAACAGAUUAAAAAGCUUAUGACUAUAUUGUAGUCCCAUGAUUUUCGUGUAGUAAUAGUGCAAGGCUUCUUAUGCAAUCAGUCAUCUUAUACAAGUGUUGAAAAGCUGCAAGCUGUCAUUUUAUGAACCAGUGUUUCCCUAGUGCCUUUUCUAUUCAUGAUUGUACUUAAGGCUACUUAAAGGAAUUAGCUAGGGACACCUUUUGUGCCUUAUGAUGCUUAUGCCUCAUCUAUUUGUUAAGUUGGAACACCUCUGGUGAUGUCAGUGUUGAAACAGAAGCAUUGACUGCCAGAUCAUUUAAAACAGAGGUUGUCAAAGUGGGGUUCAGGAACCUCAGGGAGUCCAUGACUUAAAGGUCCACAAAAUAAUUUUCUUUAAAGAAUGUGGUAUGACUGAAAAGUGCAUAUGUAUAUACAGGGACCAUUUGCGCAGCUACAGAAAGCAUCAUUCCCACAUUAUCAAUAAAACAGAACAUCAGUACUAUAUCAGCGUGUCAUACUUACAUAGACCUAGACAUUGAACCAAAGUGUAAAAGGCCUUAAAUUCCAGGCUCCACUGCAGAAAACACAUCAGGGGAAACAUGAAUGUCUAGUUUGCCAAAGCCACGUGUGCCUUUGCAAUGUGCAUCUGUGUGUUUCUGUUGGAGCCACUGAAUGGUACGGUUUUUUGUUUGUUUGUUUUUUACAGUUAUGUGUGACAUGAGCUUGCUUCUAAUGUUUAUGAUUGAGGUGUUAAAAAUUUUUUGUAUGGGAAUAUGGCAACAUAAUUGAACUGAUUUUUGUUUUGCUUUUUUGUUUUUUUUGUUUCUGUUUUUUUUUUUUUUUUUUUUUUUAAAAGCUCCCUUGACUUACUAUGAAGGUCAUGUGUUUGUAUCAGUAUGAUUUCAACAACCAAUAUUGAAUGAUGGUAUUAUUUUAAGUUAUGUUUAAGAACUGUGCAGUAUUACGUGUUUGCUUCACAGAGCACUGCUUUAAAAAGUGUCCUGUAUACAUGAUCCUUCAUGUAUCGAUCAUGUAUACAUGAUGGAUCAUACAUAUACAGUACAGGUAUGGAUUGUGUAUGAUCCAUAUGUAUGAUACAUGUAUGGAUUUUGACACCUACAUGUCAAGGAGGAACUCUUAAAGACAAUCAUACACAAACUUAUUUACUUUAAAAAAAAUGCUUUAUGUUCUUUGCUUGGGGGUGAAAAUGGAGCGCUUCUAUUGGGUUAUACAUUGUAAGUAAUUUGAUAUGACUGUACAAUGAUCAUGUGAUAAAAUGGGAACGAUGCACUGUAGUGGCAGGAUCCAGAUGAAGUGACUUUUUUGUAUUACCAAAUAAAAAUAUGCAUCUUUUACAUAUUUGUGCAAUAAAAUCAGCCAAUACAUUGAUCUGAGUGUGAUCAAAGAA